UGGCAUAUUUCAGUCUUUCAGCCGUUGUUAAACAUAAUGCACGCGCCGCUCUUCAUCUGCCUGGCCACCGCGCUUUUGCUGGUCUCUGCUUGGGCGCAUCCUGCCCAGCAACAGGACCGCAGCUCACCCAAUGGACGCAUUGUGGGUGGCUAUGCGACCCAUGUGGCUGUGCAUCCGCAUCAGAUUUCGUUGCGUCGCAAGGCCAUCAACUCCCCACAAAAUGCAUUCACGCACAUCUGUGGAGGCUCUGUAAUUUGUGGUGGCAAGUAUGUUGUUACGGCGGCGCACUGCAUCAUUGCCUCCGUUCCAAGUCAGUACAAGGUUGUGGCCGGCACCAGUCGUCGCAAUGGUAGCGACGGAGUCAUUGUCUCCGUAUCCGAGAUCAUCAUGCACGAGAAGUACAAUCCUGGCACCUACGACCAUGACAUUGCGGUGCUCGUGUUGAGUUCACCGUUUCCCGUCAAUAACUUUACCAUCAAGGCCAUUGAGCUGGCAAGUGAGGAUGUCGAGGCGGGAUCAAUAAGCACCAUCACCGGCUGGGGCACGACUAGCUCAGGUGGCACAGCUUCCGAUCAACUGCUGGCUGUCGAUGUGCCAAUUGUGAGUAACGAGGUGUGCAACGAAGAUUAUGCCGGGCUUAUCACUGAUUCCAUGUUGUGUGCUGGAGUGCGAGGUGUGGGCGGCAAGGAUGCCUGCCAGGGUGACUCUGGUGGCCCUUUGAUUGUGGACAAUAAGCUGCAUGGCGUCGUCUCCUGGGGCUAUGGAUGUGCUCAUCCCGAAUAUCCCGGAGUGUAUGCUCGAGUCUCUUAUCUGCGUGAAUGGCUCGACUCCAAGGUCACUUGCUCUUAAAUCAUGAAAUACAUAUGUAGUAAAAAAAAAUUCCCAUUUGUCACAUGUCAUCCAAAUAAAUGGCCAAAUUCGCGCCCAUUAGUUGCGUUCAGA